GGGGCGGCGGGGAGCGCCCUCGGAGGGAGCUCGGGGCGGAGUAGUACAAGAUGUCAAAAAUUAGAAGAAAGGUCACAGUGGAAAAUACCAAGACCAUAUCUGAUAGCACAUCCCGAAGACCAAGUGUAUUUGAAAGACUUGGACCCAGUACUGGAAAUACAGCUGAGACACAGUGCCGUAACUGGCUGAAGACUGGCAACUGUCCCUAUGGGAACACAUGUAGAUUCGUACAUGGCCCUUCACCUCGAGGCAAAGGCUAUAGCAGCAGUUAUAGAAGGUCACCAGAAAGACCCACUGGUGAUCUUAGGGAAAGGAUGAAGAAUAAGCGGCAAGAUGUGGAAACAGAGCCUCAGAAACGAAAUACUGAAGAGUCAUCUUCACCAGUAAGGAAAGAGUCUUCAAGGGGAAGACAUAGGGAGAAGGAAGACAUCAAAAUAACCAAGGAGAGAACUCCAGAAAGUGAAGAAGAAAAUGUAGAAUGGGAAACUAACAGAGAUGAUUCUGACAACGGAGACAUUAAUUAUGAUUAUGUCCAUGAAUUGUCACUGGAAAUGAAGCGCCAAAAAAUUCAGAGGGAACUGAUGAAGCUAGAGCAAGAAAACUUGGAGAAGAGAGAAGAAAUCGUCAUUAAAAAAGAGAUUUCUCCAGAGGUGGUUAGAUCAAAAUUGUCUCCAUCUCCUUCUCUGAGAAAGUCUAGUAAAUCUCCAAAGCGAAAAUCAAGUCCAAAGUCAUCUUCUUCAGCUAGCAAGAAAGAUAAGAAGAUAUCUGCAGUAUCUUCUCCUCUCUUGGACCAGCAGAGGAGUUCUAAAAGCAACCAGAGUAAAAAGAAAGGACCUCGUACUCCUAGCCCACCUCCUCCUAUACAGGAAGAAACUGCCUUGGGGAAAAAACAUAAAGAAAAACAUAAAGCAAAAGAACGGGUUGAAGAAAAGCCAAGAGAAGGGAAAGAUAGAGGAAGGGAUAUUGAAAGACAUAAAGAAAAAAAAGAGAAGCAGAGAGAUCCUUCGGAAGGUUCCCAUAGACAAAAGCGUUCCCCCAGUCCUGCAGAUCAUUCUGGCAGUAAUUCUUCCCCUUCCAGGGAAUAUUCACCCCCUGCUGCAAAGAGACGACAAGCUUCUCGGGCUCCAACAAAAUCAUCGACUCAAAAGCAUUCUUUUUCUCCAUCUCGCAGGUCUGCUUCCCCAGCAGGACAGCGUCAUUCUCCUUUAUCUUCCAGGCAUCACUCAUCCUCAUCACAAUCAGGGUCAUCCAUUCAAAGACAUUCUCCUUCUCCUCGGCGAAAACGAACUCCUUCCCCAGCCUACCAGAGGACAGCAUCUCCACCAGUGAGGCGCUCUCCUUCUCCUUAUCCACCUCGGUCCUCGUCUUCUCCUCAGAGAAAGAGGAGUCCAUCACGACAUCGAUCCCCCUUGCGUGAAAAAGGAAGGCAUGAUCAUGAGCGGGCCUCACAGUCACAUGAUCGACGCCAUGAAAGGAGGGAGGAGACUAGAGGCAAAAGGGAUAAUAGAGAGAAAGAAACUAGAGAAGAACGAGAGUAUGACCAGGACCAGAACUCUUCUAGAGACCACAGAGACGACCGAGAAUCUCGAGAGGGCCGAGAUCGGAGAGAGACCAGGGACACAAGAGACCGAAGGGAAUUAAAAGACUCCAGAGAUGCCCGAGACUCCAGGGAUGUGAGAGAUUAUAGCAGAGACAACAAAGAUACCCGUGACCAGAGGGACUCGCGAUCUACGAGAGAUGCCCAUGAGUACAGGGAGCGUGAAAAUCGAGACGCCCACCGCAAGGAGGACCCUUACCAAGAAGACUCUCGGGGCUAUGGAAGGAAUCAUGGCAGAGAAGAGAGUUCUCGAACUGAAACGAGGAAUGAGUCUAGAAAUGAAUCUCGAAAUGAAAAUAGGAGUGACCGGACGGGCAGAAGUAGAGGCAGAGGUCCAGAAUUGCCUGAAAAGGGAAGUCGAGGAACAAGAGGAUCUCAAGUUGAUGGGCAUAGUAGUAGUGGAAACUACCAUGAAAGCUGGGAAUCUCGAAGUGGAUAUCCUGAGAGAGACCGUUACGAUGCCAGAGAUCAGCCUAGGGAUUCGUCCUUUGAAAGAAGACAUGGAGAAAGGGACAGACGUGAUAACAGAGAGAGAGAUCCAAGACCAAACUCACCAGUACGCCAUCAAGGAAGGAGUGAUGAACUUGAGCGUGAUGAAAGGAGAGAGGAACGAAGAAUAGACAGGACUGAGGACAGAAGAGAUGAGAGGGCUAGAGAAAGAGAGAGAGAACGAGAAAGGGAGAGGGAGAGAGAGAGGGAACGGGAACGCGACAGGGAGAGAGAAAAAGAGAGAGAAUUAGAACGAGAUCGUGCCAGGGAGAGGGAGAGGGAAAGGGAAAGGGAAAAAGAGAGAGAACGUGAUCGAGAUAGAGAUCGAGAACACGAACGAGAGAGGGAACGAGAGAGAGAACGAGAGAGGGAAAAAGAAAGGGAACGGGAGAGGGAAGAACGAGAAAGAGAGAGGGAACGUGAAAGGGAAAGAGAGCGAGAACGAGAACGAGGGAGAGAAAGGGAUAAAGAACGUGAUCGUCAAAGGGAUUGGGAAGACAAAGGCAGAGAAGAUCGAAGGGAAAAAAGAGAAGAUGUUCGAGAAGACAGGAAUCCAAGAGAUGUUCAUGAUGAGAGAAAAUCAAAGAAGCGCCAUAGAACUGAAAACAGUCCUAGUCCUCGACUGUCACCCAAACGCCGACGUGAACAUUCUCCUGAUAGUGACACCUACAAUAGUGGAGAUGAUAAAAAUGACAAACAUAGACUGUUGAGCCAGGUUGUACGACCUCAGGAAUCUCGUUCACUUAGCCCUUCGCACGUGGCAGAAGAUAGGCAGAACCGAUGGAAAGAUGAAGACCGAAAGCCAGAAAGAAAAGAGAGCUCUAGACGCUAUGAAGAGCAGGAGCUCAAAGAGAGAGUCUCUUCUGGAGACAAGCAAAGAGGGGAGCAGCCAGAAGUAGCAGAAAGCUCAAGGACACGUGCACAAGAAAGUGUUGGACACCACCAGCCUGAGGAGCGAGAUGGGUCUGAUCGAGCACAUGAAGAAAACAAGAAGAAGUCCAAAAUACCCAAAAGGACCACUAAGAGAAAGAAAGAGGAAGAUGUUGGAGUGGAAAGAUACAGCACUGAGUCAGCAACAGAGGAGGGUCAAGUAUUUUCACCUAAGAAAGGACAGAAGAAGAAAAAUGUUGAAAAGAAACGUAAAAGAUCGAAAGGGGAUUCUGAUAUUUCUGAUGAUGAGUUAAUUCAGCAUAGUAAGAAGAAAAAAGGCCCAAGGACACCACCUGCGACCACAAAAGAGGAGUUGGUUGAGAUAUCAAAUGAGAAAAAUGGAACAACUGGAGAGGUUUCCCAGAAAAGAGAAGAUACCACAUUUAGUGACUGGUCUGAUGAAGAUGUCCCUGACCGUGCAGAUGUGAUUGUACCUGAGCGUUCAACUGAAGAAUCUCAUAGAAAGUGUCACAGAACUAGAGUGGAGAAAAUAGAAACACCUCAUGUUACCAUAGAAGAUGCACCUCAUCGCAAGCCAAUUGAUCAAAAACGCAGUAGCAGCUUGGGAAGCAAUCGUAGUAACCGUAGUCACACUUCUAGUCGCCUGCGAUCACCUUCCAAUGAUUCUGCUCAUCGCAGUGGAGAUGACCUGACUGGUAGAAAGAGAGUCCUGCACAGUAGCUCCAGAGACAGAGAAAAGACAAAAAGCUUAGAAAUUCCAGGAGAGAGAAAAUCCAGAAUUGAUCAGUUGAAGCGUGGGGAGCCCAGUCGCAGUACUUCUUCAGAUCGUCAAGAUUCAAGAAGUCACAGUUCUAGAAGAAGUUCCCCUGAGUCAGAUCGUCAGGUUCAUUCAAGAUCUGGGUCUUUUGAUAGCCGAGAAAGGCUUCAGGAACGAGAUCGACAUGAACAUGAUAGAGAACGGGAAAGGGAAAGGAGAGAAACAAGGCAGAGAGAAUGGGACCGAGAUAAUGAUAAAGAUUGGCCAAGAAACAGAGACCGACUCCGGGAACGAGAGAGAGAGCGAGAUAAAAGGAGAGACUUGGACAGGGAGAGAGAGAGGCAAAUUCCUGAUUGUGGUGAAAGAGAUAGAGACAGAACUCUUGAUAUUUCUUCACACAUAGAGUCUUCAAAACGCAGUGAAACAAAACUGGAUGAGCAUGAGAAAGACUUUGAGGGAAUUUGCAGAGACUCUGUAGCUUUGGAGAAAGAAAGAAUAGAAAAAGACCUGGGAACUUUGCAUGGAUUUGAUGAUGUAAAUGAAGCUGAGAAAACUGAGAGCUUAGAAGCAGGAGAUGAUGAAGCCAAGUUAGAUGACGCACAGUCAUUAGGAUCUGGUGCUGGAGAAGGAUAUGAGCCAAUCAGUGAUGAUGAACUUGAUGAAAUUCUGGCAGGUGAUGCUGAAAAGAGAGAAGAUCAACAAGAUGAUGAGAAGAUGCCGGAUCCUCUGGACGUGAUAGAUGUAGACUGGUCUGGACUUCUGCCAAAGCAUCCCCAAGCACCACGGGAACCUGGAGCCGCGCUCUCAAAAUUCACUCCCGGAGCGGCCAUGCUGCGCGCUGGGGUUUCUAGAAAGUUGGCAGGUUCUGAACUGUUUUCUAAAGUGAAGGAAGCGUGCCAGAGACUUGUAGAAAAGCCCAAAGAUGCAGAAAAUCUUUUUGAGCAUGAAUUGGGAGCCCUAAAUAUGGCAGCAUUGCUACGUAAAGAAGAGAGAGCUGGUCUUCUCAGUAAUCUUGGACCAUGUUGUAAAGCAUUAUGCUUUAGGCGAGAUUCUGCAAUUCGGAAACAGCUAGUGAAAAAUGAAAAGGGCACCUUGAAGCAGACAUACACGAACACUCCAGUGGUAGACAAUGAGUUAUUGCGGUUAAGUUUGCGGUUGUUUAAGCGCAAGACAACUUGCCAUGGAUCUGGGCAGGAAAAGACAGAAGAGAGUGGUAAACUUUCACAACCGAGUAUCCAGCCGGAAGUAUGUGUCUCAUAACACAGAAGCUCAUUUUGUGCUUCAGAGUAUCUUCCUAGUGAAGAGCAUAUUCUGUUGAAAAGUUGUUCGAUUUGGCAGGCCUCCUAAGAGAACAAGACAAAAGACUUGUCCACUAUUCUAAUUGGAUGAUGCUCAGCAACUUUUAUUUGAAAUGUACCAGUUGGGUUUUUUGGGGAGUAUUCAGAUUUUUCAUUCAUUCAUUUUUACACAGUACUUGAUCCACAAAUGUAAUGAAGUGAGGACAUUUAGGUUUGGUAGUUUAUUGCAGCAGUUUUUGUCAGCUGAAGGAGGGCAUGUGUACUUCUUUUUCCACUCUAAACAUCUGUUUCAUGAAAUGGAACUACUGAUGUCUACUAACGGGAUAUUCAUUACAGAAAUGUUGACUUUACUUGAAAACAUUGUGUCUGUCAAACCAAAUCGAGUGCUUUCACUUAACUGUGUAUAAUAGUGUUACACAAAGUAGUGCUUCUCUAGCAUUGUGAGUGUAUACAGGCAGGUGUCCAACUCUCUGUCUGUAGAAUAAAGCCAAAAUAUUUCACUACAGCACCUCUCCUCCCCAAGUUAUAAAAAUAAUAAACCUAACUUCCUGAGUCUUUUUUGUUUAAACAUAAAUGUGCGUUGAUAAAAUGUAUAAUAUGUGUUUGGAUUUUUAAAAUUAUAUAUAUACCUUUUUAAAACUUG